AUGGGGGACCGGGAGGAGGUGCUGGGAGCAGAACAGGAGCAGGGAGCUGAACUGCGGGACAUACGGCUUGAAUGCUGUACUGGGAUUUUGGCCGCGCCCGGCCUCGCGGAUCCCGAGCGGCCGCAGGGCGCGGCCCUGGAGCGGAGCCCCAGCGCGGACGCUGGUGCAGUGGCCUGCAGGGCCUGGGAGCCAGGCGUGGGGGAUGCCUGGCGGGCUCCCCGGGCCCGAGGACGUCGGAGGCACACCAUCACCAACGGCGUGGACUGUGACCUGCUGAAGCAGAUGGCAGAGCUGGAGCAGGAGAAGGAGGUGCUGCUGCAGGGUCUGCAGAUGAUGGCGAGGGGCCGCGACUGGUACCAGCAGCAGCUGCAGCGUGUGCAGGAGCGCCAGCGCCGCCUGGGCCGGAACAGGGCCAGCGCCGACUUCGGGGCUGAGGGGAGCCCCCCGCCUCUGGGGCGACUACUGCCCAAGGUACAGGAGGUGGCUCGGUGCCUGGGGGAGCUGCUGGCUGCGGCCUGUGCCGGCAGGGCUCUGCCCUCGUCUUCCUCGGGGCCCCCGUGCCCCAGCAUGGCCCCUGCCUCGCCCUCGGCCUCCGGCUGGCAGCAGCAGACCAUUCUCAUGCUGAAAGAGCAGAACCGACUUCUCACCCAGGAGGUGACAGACAAGAGUGAGCGGAUCACGCAGCUGGAGCAAGAGAAGUGUGCCCUCAUCAAGCAGCUGUUUGAGGCCCGUGCCCUCAGCCAGCAGGACGCCGGGCCUCUGGACUCUACCUUCAUCUAGCUGGCCUCAGACGGGGGCCUCUCAGCUUGGCCCAGCACUGGCCUUGGGCCCACCUUGAUCCCCACCUCUCGGGCUGAAGACGACCUGACUGGCCUGGACAUAGCCCACCAUCGUCCCAAUCUGGGCUCCCCCGGAUCCCCCCAACCCCAGGUGUGGCCGUCGGGUAGGCCGUCCCCAGGGAUGGCCUGGCCUGUCUGGGGGCUGGGGCUGACAUGGGGGAGAGCUGCAGCGUGCAGACACAGCCUGAAGCUCCUGCCAGUGGGGGACCCCUCCUCGUGUUUACCAGAUUUCAGGCCGCCCCGGGAAGGAGGGCUUUUGGCAGCCCUGUCCCCCAUGUUUACAGCUGACCUGACACCCCUCCCAGCUAGGGUCUUCAGUAAAUGGUACUGGUCACACUAAGGCGCACUUUUGCUAGCGGCCAGCAGAGGGCAUUAUGCGUCCGCUGGUCCUGGGCCCCGGAGCCCCAUCAUAAUGUCUCAGAUGGGGCGGGGAGUAAGGGACCCUGGGGUGGGCUGGGACACCUGAGGGGCAUCUUCCUUCAACCCAGGGCUCCAAGACUAGGGGACUGUCCGUCACCGGGAGCAGACGGAGAGGGUGGGGAUGGCUCUGAGGGUGUUGUACUUGUGCUGGUUCCAGGGGGCCCCAGGGGCUGGUAUCGAGUUCACACUUGGGCCAAGGCUGGAGGGUCCUAGAGUGGGGUUAGAAGGGUGGCCUGCUGGCCCCCUCCACACGGACUCCAGCCCUAAACCACUUGGGGUUCGCUGUCAUCCGUCCUGGCCAAGACUCAGCCCCAAGCAAUCUGUGACCCAGGUGCAGGACCUUGGGCCCACCAGGCCAGGCAGGCUGUGGUCACCAGUGUCACUCAGAUGUGGCCUUACUCUGGAGAGGGCCCCGUCCCCAAGAAGCGUGUCUGGGCCUCCCGGAGAUUCCCCAAGCUGCCUUGUAGGCUGAGCACCCGCAUCGGGGCCCACCCCACAGGUUCCCCGGGUAUGGGGGAUCUGUCACUCCCUGUGUCCCCCCAGCCCCAGCUUGGCCCCCGGGUCUGGGCUGGGAGAGAGAGAGCACUUCUCAGAAAAGCCUGAGCUGCAGCCCCAGGGAGGAGGCUGGGCCUGGGUCCUCAGCAGGGGUCACUGCCCACCCCAACCCCACUCACCAGGCCAGGCCUGCUAAUGGGUGCCUUGACCCCAGGAGGGGCCUGGUGCCGUCUCUAUGGGGACUCCCAAGCCGAGGGCACAAUAACAUAGGCAGGUUGUGCAGUUGAGGGCCCCAGAAGUAGGGCGUGGGCUUGUAUGAAGCACAGGGACCCCCACAGGUGGGGCGCAUAUCCUACAACCCUGAGGAGUAGCCCAGCCACAGAGGAGGGUCCCAAGUGCAGGCUGGGGGUCUAGGCGGCAGCCCGUGUGCCAGGUUGGCCCCAAAUCAUCCCAGCCUGCAAGCUGCCCUCCUUGGAGGAUGGGGUGGUUUCUCCUGGAAGUGGGGGGCCAGGUGUAGCCUCCAGCACCCAGGAGGACUGGAGCCCAGUACCAGCCACGGAGGGCCCCUUAGGACCUGCCCACCAGGACGCCCCCAAGUCCCGCACGGUUCUUGGAUUUGCCUCUCCUCAUCCCCCAACCCAUCCCCCUAAACCAGCCCAGGCCCUAAGCCCACCCCCACUGGGGCCGGGGGGCUCUGCUCUCAGGGUCUCCAAACACAGCCUGUGACAUUUCUAGAACUGAAAAGUGCACUGUCCCCUGCCCGUAACCCUUCCACGACUGCAUUACUCAGGGCAGGCCCAGGCCAGACUCGAGCCCCUCCAGUAGCGUGGCCGCGGCUGCGCGGGCAGCCUCCGCCCUCUGGGCUGUGCAUGUGCCAUUCCGUCCGGAGCAGCCCGUCCCUGCUUCGCCUGGCUCGCCCGUCCCAGCCCUCCAGGCCAGAUGGAGUGAAGAAAUCUGCAGGGGCCGAAACAGCCAGGGCACAGCCUCCGGGCGAGCGUGUGGCCGCGCCUGCAGGCUCCAGGCUCCCAGAACCUGGGAGACGCCGAGUCGGACACAUGAGGCCGCGCCUUCAGCUGCAGGGAUGACCCGGCCACACAAAGGCGACUGGGGAAAAGCGGCCUCCCUUGGCCCUGGUGUUCCAUGCAGGGUGACGUCUGACCUCAAGGACAGGGUUGCCAGUGGCCCCAGGCUGGCAGGGCCAGGUGACUGGCGGACACAGACAUCUCGAGCGGGGUUCCUCAGCCUUGCACAGUGACGUCGGGGGCUUCCCCGGGCACCGUAGGGUGUCUGGUCACAUACCCGGGCUCUGCGCUAGGUGCCAGCAACGCGCAUGCGCGCGCGCAAACACAGGCCCCUGACUGCGGGGUCGGGUCGCCCCAGUUGAGAUCAGCUCCGGAGGAAUGCGACUUCGGGCCUCACGGUUUGGUGCAGAUCAAGUUCCAAGGAAAAUUAGCGUCUCCGGGUUAACAAAUUUUCACAAACCCCGACGAGGAAAGAACCCACCAUGAGAAACACACCAGGCACUUCAGGCGGCAUCCAGUAUAAACUUGUGUCUAAGGAAAUAAAAGAUUCUUGAAAAUGUGAA